GAGUAUGUACUUGUAUAUACUGGUUUCAUUCCUAAAUAGGUUUAUUUUCUGAUUUUUACUGAAUAUUUUAUUCGUUGUACGUGAUUUUCAAGUUCUCCGUGAUGGUGAAGCAAAAGGUUUUUUAGUUUAAAAUCGAAAAAUUAAGUGCGACAGAGCAUUGCAGUCACCUGUAUUUUAUCAUAAACUGUUUGAAUCAACAGGUGCACAAAUUAGACAUACACAGGAGGACCACUCAUAAUUUGUUUAAAACAAUAGGAUAAAUUAUUGAGUAUGGGCAGCUCGCAAGAGCCCGGAAUCAAUUGGUUUCAUCCAGGUCUUUCACGGGAGAGUGCUGAGAAGAUAUUAAAAGAAUGUCAUGAGGAUGGUGUCUUUUUAAUUCGUGAAUGCAACUCCGCCGUUGGUGAUUUCGUUUUAACCCUACUUCACCAGAACAAAGUAUGCCAUUAUCAAAUUAGAAGACAUGGUGGCGAUGCAUUUUUUUCCAUCGAUGAUAAAGUGAAAAUUUUGCACGGUCUUGAGUCUCUUGUCGAAUUUUAUCAAAUGGCGGCAAAUGGCUUGCCAACAAAACUUACAACGUUUGUUAAAAAAGAAUUGCCCCCAAAUGAUGCUCGUCGCCAUGGUAAUACCAAUCUGUUACAUCGUGCAACAAAGGAGAAUAAUGCGACAAUAGUUAGUGAGCUAUUAAAAUGUGGUUAUCGCAAUGUAGAUGCUAAAAACAAGGAUGGUCAAACAGCGUUACAUUUGGCUGCCAUUUAUAGUGACUUGGAUAUACUUAAGCUCAUUUUAGAAACCGACGUUAAUGUAAAUUGUAUUGAUGCAUUUGGAAAUAUGCCACUUCAUUACGCAUGCCGUUCGAAAUCAAGUUUAUUCAUCCGCAGUUUAAUAAAUGCAAAGGCGAAUGUACAAGGUCGUAAUAUUAAAAAUGGCUAUGUUCCUUUGCACGAUGCUUCCAAAAAUGGAAAUCUAGAAGCAGUGAAGGAAUUAUUGGAUGCACAUGCACCUCUUUUACCUCGCACAACGUCUGGAGAAUUUCCAAUAGAUUUAGCUCGAGAAGCAGGUCAGGAUGAGGUUGUAAAGUUUUUAAGUGAGUACAAAUUGCCGGCUGCAAAAACUAAAAAAAAUCUGUGGUAUCACGGAACAUUAACGCGAGGGGAAGCUAUCAAAACUUUGAAUACUUACGCGGAAAGAAUGCCAGCGUUGUUAAAAGAAUUCGAUUUCAAUGAUCAUACAAUUUGUGAUAGGCACUCACAUGAAAGCAAACCAAUUGAUAGUUCCGGAUGUUUUUUAGUGCGAUAUUCAGACCGUUCUGGUUUUGUAUUGACACUUCUUUUCCAAGGGCUGGUUAAGAAUUUUAAAAUCUCGCAAUCGUCAAACUAUUUGUACAUUGACGAAGGUCCAUAUUUGCCAACAUUAGAGCAUUUAGUUGAGCAUUUUAUGCAUUUUAAUGAUGGUCUCCCGAUCAACUUGAAGCAUGCAGUUCCCCCAGAACCAAAGCCUCCACAACCGCUGCUGUCAACGCUUCCUCGAAAUAAAUGCAAAAAUAAAGUAUCAAACACAUCAAAUAUGUUUAAAGAAAACGCUGAGGAGGAAUUGAUUGCCGGUGCUCCUAAUCAAACAAUUCCAAAACCAUUGCCGAAGAAAAAACGUAAAGAAACUGCUAAUUUGAUGUUGAGCAAUUUUUUAAAAAUUAAAACAAAAACCUCCACGCGCUGUGAUGAAAAAACGUCCUCGUAUAUGGAAUCGCCCACCUCCCCACACUUGUUAGAAGAAUUUCCUUGCAGAGGACUAUCAUUUGCUGCGAAUUUUACUAGUGUCGGAAAAGAUCCAUUAAAAGCAACGUCUCCAGAUUCUUUCGAUACGUCUCAAAAAUUGCCAAACGCAGAAUUUAUCCCAGCGCAAGAUAUGUACAACGUUCCCAAAAACAAUUCGGCAGUAGUUGAGUUGGUCGCUGAAGUUGGACUAAAAUUCCAAGGAACAAAAUGUCAUGAAGAGAGUGAAAUUCCCGAGUUCUCUUCAAACUGGAUAAAAUGCGAAGAGGGUGAGCAUAUCAAUCAAGUCGAUCAGCAGAGCAAUAAAAGCGCCGAAGAUAAUCUCGCAGAAGUAGAUGGUCGUAGUCCAAUAGGGCAUUUAAUGUAUCCUGAACGACUGGAUUUGCAUACUUUUAAUUCUUUAAAGGAUAAUGAAAUCGUUAACUUUUUUAAUGAAGUUACCAUGGAGUUUUGUAUACCUUUCGAAAAUAUCGAAUUGGGAAAUCUUAUUGGGGAAGGAGAAUUUGGGUCCGUUUAUCGAGGAAGAUUAAAAGGACAUAAGCCUGGACAUAUUGACAAUAAUUUCAAUGGGGAUGUAGCAAUCAAAACAUUGCAUAAAGAACAUUGUCGCGCUAGUAAAAAUGACUUUUUGCGAGAGGCAUCUGUGAUGAUUCGUUUAAAUCAUCAUUGUAUUGUGCAGUUAAUUGGAGUAUCUAAGAUGGAAACAUUAAUUAUGAUACAAGAGUUGGUCCCUCUUGGCUCGAUGUUGACUUUUAUAAAAGCAAAUCGAACAAAAAUUGAUCCAAAUCGCGAGUUAAAACUAUGGGCAUCGCAGAUAGCUUGCGGAAUGCUAUAUUUGGAGACCCAUCAUUUUGUACAUCGCGAUUUGGCAGCGCGGAACAUUCUAUUAGCAUCGUUUCAUCAAGCAAAAAUAGGUGACUUUGGUUUAUCUCGAGCUUUGGGGUCGGAACAUGAUUUCUAUGAAGCACAGCAUGGUGGAAAAUGGCCUAUUAAAUGGUAUGCUCCCGAGAGCUAUAAAAAUGGAAUUUUUUCACAUUCAAGUGACGUAUGGUCCUAUGGUGUAACAUUGUGGGAAAUGUUUUCACUAGGGGAAGCGCCCUAUGGAGAAGUGCUUGGUUCUGAAGUUGUACAACUAAUUGAGGAUGGAAAACGUCUGCCGCAACCGUUGCCCUGCCCUACGAAUGUAUAUAACGUUAUGGAAAAUUGCUGGCAAUAUAAUCCAAAAGAUCGCCCUUCUUUUACUUUUUUGACAGAGUUUUUCAUUAAAGAUCCGAGCUAUCAAAAUUUAAACGAAUUAGUUAAAACAAGAAGUAUUAGUUAAAGUGUAAGUUUAAAGUGGGUGCACAUAUUACUUUAAGUAUGUUGCAGAAUAAUUUCAUGAAAUUAUUUAGGAACCAUUGGCAUUUAGUUAAGUGUUAUGUAAAGUAAUAAAAAAAGUAAAGAAGUAAAGGCGUAAACAUAGUUAACGGCGAAAACGCGACGUGUGUGAUUUACCGCUUGAGAGUUGGCGUCGCUGUAGUACCUGACCCCUUAUUUAAAUCGUCUUGUAAAAACACUGUGCGACAGUCAAAAAACUACACGAACGCGGUAUGCCAAUUAUGAACAAGUAAGAGCUCUAGAAUAUUGGACCCGCUGCCGUUUUGUCCCAAAAUGCCACAAUUUUGAUUACAAUGUAUUGAAGUAUCCCUUACCAGAGAACGUUUAUAAAUGAGAAGGCGCAUUUUCAGGGUGAACCAAUUGCUACCAGAAAUUUUGGGGUGCGGCCGACCAAAUACACCACUCAUCGACGAAAUGCACCACUCGUUGACCAAAUGCACUACUCGUUGACCAAAUGCACCACUCGUCGACGGACGGUGUCGGCUGCCACCAUACCAAAAAUUUUUCCGUCUCACCACACUUCGGCCAAAUUUAGCAUAGUUCAAAGCAAAAUGAAAAAAUAAGAACGAAACAGGAAAGAGGAACAGAAAUAUAAUAAGCACUAGGCAGAGGGGAUGCUUGCGGAGGCGAGCGUGUAGCAUAGUUUAAAGCAAAAUGAAAAAUAAAAACGAAUAACAAAAGAGAAACAGAAAUCUAAUAAGUACUUGGCAGAGGGGGUGCUUGCGGAGGCAGGUGCGUGCUUGUGUCGGAUCAAAACAAACUCUAAAAUAAAAAUGGAAGUACGGAAAGAAGCGGAGAAACGGGGAAAGGAGCGGGCUUUUG